AUGGCCAGUGUUGUUGGUAUUGAUCUCGGAAACCUUUCCUCCAAGAUUGGUGUCGCCCGACACAGGGGUAUUGACAUCAUCGUCAACGAGGUUUCCAACCGUGCUACUCCCUCUCUCGUCUCUUUCACACCCCGUCAGCGAUUCAUCGGUGAAUCUGCCAAGACUGCCGAGACUUCCAACUUUAAGAACACCAUCGGAUCCUUGAAGAGGUUAAUCGGUAGAACAGCAAACGACCCCGAAGUCUCUGAGAUUGAGAAGAAGUUCAUCAACGCUCAGCUUGUCGAUGUUGCUGGUGAAGUCGGUAUCAAGGUCGACUACCUUGGCGAGCCCACCGACUUCUCCUUCACCCAGCUCACCGCUGCCUACCUCGGCAAGCUCAAGGACACUGCCUCCUUCGAGCUCAAGCAGGCCGUCUCUGACGUCGUCAUUGCCGUUCCCGGAUGGUUCACCGACGUCCAGCGACGCGCUUUGCUUGACGCCGCCAACAUUGCCGGUCUCAACGCCCUCCGACUCAUCAACGACACUACCGCUGUCGCCCUCGGCUACGGUAUCACCAAGGCCGACCUCCCCGAGGACCCCGAGACUCCCAGAAACAUCGUCUUUGUUGACGUCGGUCACUCUGACUACUCUGUCGCCGUUGUCGCCUUCUCCAAGGGUCAACUGACCGUCAAGUCCACCGCCUACGACAGGCACUUCGGUGGCCGCGACUUUGACUUUGCCCUUGUCCAGCACUUUGCCGAGGAGUUCAAGACCAAGUACAAGAUCGAUGUCCUCUCCUCCCCCAAGGCUGUGUUCCGUCUUACCACCGGUUGUGAGCGUCUCAAGAAGGUUCUCUCUGCCAACGGCGAGGCUCCUCUCAACGUCGAGUCUUUGAUGAACGACAUUGACGCCAACUCUACCCUGAAACGAGAGGUCUUUGAGGAGCUCACCGCCCACCUCCUCGACCGAGUCAGCAACCCCCUUGCCGAGGCCCUCGAGAAGGCUGGUUUGACCGUCGAGCAGGUCGACGCUGUCGAGCUUGUCGGUGGUUCUACCCGUAUCCCCGCCAUCAAGGAGCGAAUCUCCAAGUUCUUCGGCGGCAAAACCCUCUCUUUCACCACCAACCAGGACGAGGCCAUCGCCCGAGGUGCCACCUUUGCCUGUGCCACCCUCUCCCCCGUCUUCCGAGUCAGGGAGUUUGCCGUUCACGACAUCACCGCCUACCCUAUCAAGGUCUCAUGGGAGAAGGAGGCCGGAAACCCCGAUGAGGACACCGAACUUACCGUCUUUGGUACUGGUAACCCCAUCCCCUCCACCAAGGUCCUUACCUUCUACCGAAAGGGUCCCUUCACCCUCGAGGCUUCUUACGCCGAGCCUGCCACCCUCCCUAAGGGUAUCAACCCCUGGAUCGGCAAGCUCACUGUCAAGAAUGUCGAGGUUCCUGCCUCUGGCGAGCUUGCUAUUGUCAAGGUCAAGGCCCGUCUCAAUUUGCACGGUAUCUUGAACUUUGAGAACGCCUACGUCGUUGAGGAGGUCGAGAAGGAGGAGGAGGUCACCGUUGGUGAGGGCGAGGAGGCUACUGUCGAGAAGAAGUUGGUCAAGAAGGUUGUGAGGAAGGGUGACUGCCCCACUGUCGGUCAGUACACUGGUUUGGGUCAGGACAAGGUCAACGACUUGACCGAGUCGGAGGGUAAGAUGCACGCCGACGACAAGUUGGUGCUCGAGACUGAGGACCGUAAGAACGCUCUUGAAGAGUACGUCUACGACACCCGAGGCAAGCUUGACGACCGAUACGCCGCCUACGUUCAGCCCCAGGAGAAGGAGGCUCUCUUCAAGGGUCUCCAGGAGGCCGAGGACUGGCUCUACUCUGAGGAGGGUGAGGACGCCAACAAGUCUGCUUACGUCGCCAAGCUCGAUGCCCUCAAGGUCUUGGGUGACCCCAUCUACCUGAGGUGGAAGGAGACCGAGGAGAGGCCCAAGGCCGCUGCUGCGCUUAAGGAGGCUUUGAACACCUAUUUGACUGCUGCCCAGGGUGACGACGAAAAGUACGCCCACAUCGAGGAGGCUGAGAAGAACAAGGUUAUCGAGAAGUGUGCCAACACUCAACACUGGCUCGAAAACCAGCUCUUCCGUCAAUCCGAGAAGCCCAAGAACGUCAACCCCAUCAUCACCUCCGCCGAGAUCAACACCAAGCGAGAGGACGUUGUCUACAGCAGCAAUGCUAUCCUCAACAAGCCCAAGCCCAAGGCUAAGGUUGAGACCCCCGCCCCUGAACCCCAGCAGGAGCCCAAGGCUGAGGAGCAGCCCGAAGCUACUGUCGAGGAGAUGGACGUCGACUAG